GUCUGCGUGUGUUUCCACGCGCAUGUGAGAUUUGAAUCGAUGGUAUCGCUUGACUGCGAAAGCUUGAAACUGUCGUCACAGAUGUUUGAACGUCGUCUGUGUUAGAUAAAUGUAAACACAUUCGUUUCAGUUGGAGCUUCUUGAUUCAAUCCGUUACCAUGUGGCGAAUUGCAUCUCUGUUCUGGCUUAUUGUAGGUUUGGGUGUCAAUGAUGCUAGAAGGUCAAUCGGAACACGCUGGCAGAUAUGGACAUACACACCGCUGAAAGAGCACGCCGCUACUGACGCCCGUGUGUUCAUCGUCUUGUAUAACGACAAUGGCCUACAGUCCCGGCCUUUAGAAUUAGACAAUUUUCAUUUGAACGACUUUCAAGAAGGUGCCCUAGACCACUUCGUCGUAGACGACCUUAUUAACUUCAGUGAAGUAUGCGGUAUCAGAAUCUUUCACGAUAACGGUGGCUUAUCCCCUGGCUGGUAUCUCGAAACGCUUAAGGUAAGGAUGAAGGGUGGUACAAUGCGAAGGACUCGCGAUUUUGGUGUCAACCGCUGGGUCGGAACAGAACCAGAAGAGAGGGGAGCAGACCGUAUAAUAAUGCGCACACCAGAGUGUAGCGAAGGUCGCCUACCGUGAUGGAUCAACGUGGCAAUGGUAGACAGCGGAUGACAAGGAUGGAGAGAAGUAACGUGGCUUUGGAGCAGAUGUCCUGAGGUCAACUUACAGUACUGCAAACUGAAAUUUUGUUUUCACCGUCUAAACUUUGAAGGCAUCCAGGACUCAAAUAUUUGCUGAAAUUGCUUUUAUUUGUAGAAACCUGCUGGCAUGUCAUAAUAAAGAACGUCUGUUCAUGCAUGAA